ACACCAACAAGAUGGAAGUAAACAUUGGUUAUCGGACCAAUAGUUAUAUGUUAAAAAAUUAUUAGUAUUAGCUCAGUUUUACUUACUUCUGAUUAAAAGUGGUGGGUUUGUCACAAACAUCAGAUUAAGGCUGAAACCAAUCAAAUCUAUUUUAUCGGCAUUUACAAUAUAUCUUAAUAGAUUGUAGUCUAAUAAAACCCAGAAGCUUCCUGAUUGGUUUUUUUCUCUUUAAAGUAACUGUGACGCCGUUAUUGAAUAACGUAAAUAAAUGAAUGAAUUGCUCCAGCUAAUAUGUUCUCCUUUCUUGGCUCUGUCUCCAUGGCCGAUCUCCAUCUCUGCAUGUUCCUGAUCUUUAUGCAAACCCCCCUCCUCCCAAAACUACUCCAGAAUAAAGAGUCCCACCCCCUUCAUAGGUGUUCCGUUAUUGGAAAGCACCUAGCACUUCCUAAAAACUACCUAGUGGGAAGCUCUACGCACUCUUGAGUUGCAAUGUGAAGUGAUGUCAGCUGUGUCUGAAAUGGAAAUAUGUUGAACCUUUUUUCCUGUGUUACUGCGCCGUCCUGCAUCACUCAAGAGUGUGAAAGUCCUUCCGACAGCGGCGCGGUCAAGUCUGACCACCGGCGCUCCAGGUUUUCUGAGCAGACAUUGCAGCCUAGGCUUAGACGGAUGACUGCAGGACUUCACACUGAGCCUCUUUGUGUGGGUGUGUGUGGGGGUGUGCAUGUGUGUGUGUGGUUAAUAAUGCACCUCAAUCCCCUUGUUAAAAAAAAAUGUUUUGACACACAAGACAAGGAAGCAGGGAAGCAGGAAAGCAUCUCCCCUCGUUUGACAGGAGAUCAACAGCUCCCAACAAGCUCUCGCACUGAAAAAGCCUCCUCACAAUCUCACGCGGCGGUGAACUUGUAGCAGAGGCGCACUGCCUGCCACAGCGCCGUCUGGCAUUGUGCUGGGGCUGACAGGGAGUGGCUCAUUGGUAUUAAAAUCACCGCAGAGUGCAGCGCCCUUAAAGAGGCACCGCUCGGUGUCACGCCGGCAGCAUCACGCACACCGAGAUGCGUCAAAAACUCUGCCAUCCAGUUAAACACGCGGCACGCAUUUGUGACCGCAUUGAAAUGCAAAUAUGCACGAUGGGGCCAAUCUGGAAAUGAUUAAUUGCAAUCUGAAAGGAGAGAAAUCACGCCCAAGAAGCGGUGGGUCUGGCUGCCGCGCAGCGUCAGGGUCAAAUUUGGUUUGCAAAUUGGUGUUAGUGCAGCCAUCAGCCGAGCUAAAUUAAUCAAACACCAGGGCUCUCCUGUUCAACAACAAACUAGUGAGAAAUUUCUCUAUCACUCUGAAGAGCUCAAGAGCCUCUUGCACACUCCACUACUUAUUUUCCUUCCCCAUUGCACAUCUCUCUCUCUCCUCUAAGAGCUGACCUUUCCCUCCCACACCUCCGCUUCUUCCUGCUCUUUUCUGCUCAGCUAUGCGUGGAUCGGAGGCGAUAACCAGCUCUGCUUGAGCUGGAGGACCCUCGAUAACCUUCCUCUAUCUGCCCUGGUUCUAUUCUCAGCGGAGAGCGAAAAGAUUUUAAAUCACAUCCUAUCACAUCCUGCCAGUAAUGGAUGAGAGUGACCCACAGAAAUCUGACUGUGACACAAGAUGGGUGCAGCAACUGUCAGGACUUCCUCCCAAGCUUCUGCAGCGCCUGAUGCCUUUUCAAAGGGAGGGAGUGGAGUUCGCUUUGUCUCAGAAUGGACGUUGUAUGAUUGCCGAUGAGAUGGGUUUGGGGAAGACGGUCCAGGCCAUCGCAGUAGCGUGCGCUUACAGAGCGGAGUGGCCCCUCCUGGUGGUGGUGCCCUCCUCUCUCAAAUAUCCCUGGAUCGAUGAGCUGGAGAGGUGGAUCCCAGAGCUUCAGCCCGGAGACGUCAACUUGGUGGAGAGCAAGAGCCAUACCAUGGAUAUCAGCAGCAGUAAAGUGACAGUGCUGGGUUACGGCCUGCUCACCACAGACGCACGCCCCCUAGUGGAGGCUCUCAGCAGGCAGCGGUUCGGCGUAGUCGUGGUGGACGAGUCUCAUUACCUCAAAUCGAGGAACGCAGCGAGGACCAAGAUCCUCGUCCCUCUCAUUCAGAGUGCAAAGCGGGCCAUCCUGCUCACCGGUACCCCCGCUCUGGGUCGACCCGAAGAGCUUUUUAUGCAGAUUGAUGCCCUCUAUCCCAAGAGGUUUGGAACGUGGACAGACUACACCAAGAAAUACUGCAACGCCCAUUACAGAUAUUUUGGGCCUCGCAGGCAGUGGGACUGUCGUGGCGCCUCCAACCUAGAGGAGCUGCACCAGCGGCUGAGCCAGAUCAUGAUCCGUCGACUCAAAGCAGAAGUUCUGAGUCAGCUGCCUCCGAAAAUCCGUCAACGCAUCCCCUUUGACCUGCCCAAGGAGGCUGCCAAGGAGGCCUCGGCCUGCUUCGCCGAGUGGGAGAGGCUGAUGAAGGGACUGGGGUCGAGGGUCGCCGCUACGGAAAACCCCUUCACAGAGGUCAUGAGUCUGGUUACACAGAUGUACAAACAAACAGCUAUUGCCAAGGCGGGAGCUGUGAAGGACUACAUUAAGAUGGUGCUGGAGGCAGAGCAGCUGAAGUUCCUGGUGUUCGCCCACCACCUCACCAUGCUGCAGGCCUGCACCGAAGCCGCCAUUGAGGCCAAGGCUGGGUACAUCCGAAUCGACGGCAGCGUGCCUUCAUCGGAGCGAAUCAAGUUAGUCCACAAAUUCCAGAGCGAUCCAGAAACCCGAGUCGCCAUCCUCAGUAUCCAAGCCGCCGGUCAGGGUUUGACCUUCACCGCUGCCAGCCAUGUGGUGUUUGCCGAGCUCUACUGGAACCCCGGACACAUGAAGCAGGCGGAAGACCGUGCUCACCGCAUCGGACAGACGUCCUCUGUCAACGUGCACUACCUCAUCGCCAAGGGCACCUUUGACACAGUCAUGUGGUCUAUGCUCAACAGGAAGGAAACUGUUACUGGUAGCACAUUGAACGGCAGGAAGGAAUACCUGAAGGCUGAUGAAGGUGACAAGGACAAGUGGGAGUUCCUCAGCAUUGCCAACUCUUGGACGCCGAGUGAGAUGGUGCUACCGCUGGAGGGAAACACAGGAAAUGUGAACGAUGACAUUUUCUUCUCCUAUUUUGAGAAAGAAAAGCAGCACGAUAUUCGCUCGUUCUUCUCGCCAAGUGCCAGCAAGGAGAAGAGGAAGAAACCAGAUGACGGGGAACCGUCUCCGUCUCCAUCCUCGGAGCCGGUGGAAGAAGUUGACUCCGACCGCUCUCCCUCCUGUGUGAAUCUCGACCAGGACUUUUCACCGCAGCUGAAGAGGCUUCGAACGCCCAAGUCCAGGUCGAGCCCCGGGUCUCGUUUUGCCGGGAAGCGGAGGUUGAUGCCGGGAUGGAACAGCCCAGGAAGUCCCACCUCGAUUGUCCGCCGGAAGCCUCAGAAGACGUGGAGCUGCGGGGCGUGCACCUACUCCAACAGUGGCCUGCUGCCUUACUGCGAGAUGUGCGAAUUCCCGCGCUCGUCUGGGCUCAAACCUGAGUCACCAGGGCCUUCUCAAGCCUCCACUGGCCAAGAGUGCGUUGUCCUUUCCAGCUCCGAAAGCGAACCAGAGCCUCUGAAAGUCAAACAGACGUUGGAAGAAGCGGAUAAGUGUUGGCCCAAAGGCAAACAAUCAGCGAAGGAGGGAGGCGACAACAUGGCUGGCAGCGGCGGCUGCCUUUCCCCUGACCACACACAGGACUGCGGAGCGGUGUCAUGCUCAUCUUCUGCUGCUGAUGCUAAUGGUGGCGAUGAAGGCAAUGAUGAAGGUGACGCUGCCGCCGCCCAGCUCGUCUACCCGGGCCUGAAGUUCUGCGCCAGCCAGUACACCGACCGGAUUUAUCUCUACUCCAAGGACGGAGCGCCGUUGAACUUGAGCUUCAUCCCUCUGGACAUCAAGCUAACCAACUGGGACGACCUGCCGCAGGCCUUCAGCCAGCACCGGGAAAAUCGAAUACAGGUGCUGAGAUUUGUUCAGGAGUGGAGCGGCCUGGCAGCCAUGAAGCAGAAGUUGCUGCGACGCAGUGCUUUUCUCUUCCACAGCCCGACCCUGGGCCUGCAGCAGCUGGCCGCCAACCAACGUCCCCACUCCAGCACCAACAGGUAUCUGAGCAGAGAGGAGGUUGCCGAGGCUUCCCUCAGCAAAGCCCGGGAAGAAGGAGGCGGCGUCCGUGUGGUCACCAAGGAAAACUUCUUCACAAAGAGGAAAUCUGGCUAUUCACAAACAUCGGCUGCUGCAGAGAGAUUGGACCAGCAGUCUUGCAAAGCAGAAGUUGAGCAUCCAUCUUCAGAACCCAGCUACCUGCAGGCUGUGGACAGUCAGGGUGUCCCUCUGUGCCUCUCCUGCCAGCAGGCCUGUCCUACCACAGGUGGAGCUUGGGAUACUCGAUUCUGCAGCCACAGAUGCCAGGAGGAAUUCCAGCUGCGGUCCAGCCAGACGUUCAUGCGUUCCUGCGUGCUGGAGGCAGAGCAAGGCAUUUGUCAACACUGUGGCCUCAAAGCUCAUGAGCUGUUCCUGAAGGUCCGUGAUGCACCAGCCUCCAAGCGGAAGGAGAUGCUGAAGAACACAUGGCUGGCCCAGCUGCCUCUUAAACAGCUCAACGAGAUGAUCCGUGCGCCGGUGGAGGGAGACUUUUGGCAGGUGGACCACAUCCGGCCGGUCUACAGAGGAGGAGGACAGUGCUCCAUGGACAACCUGCAGACGCUCUGCACCGCCUGCCACAAAGCCCGGACGGCUCAGCAAGCCAGAGAGCGCAGCCAGAUGAAGAAGAGCGCCGCUGCCUCCAAGGUUGCGUCAGACAUCAGCAGGUUCUUCAUCAGGAAAUAAAACGCUUUCACAGUUAAUUAAAGUAGGUUUAGGUUAGAAAUUUUUUUGAUUUACAGUAACUGGUUGAAGAUGUGUGGAGAAAAAGCCCUUGAGCCUUUUCACUUUUUACAAACUUCAGUCUAUUUUAUUAGGAUUUUAUGACAGACCAAUGAAAAGCAUUGAUUUAUUGUUUUUUUUUUAGGUGAAUAAGAUUCAAGGGGGUGAAAUACGAGUUUAUUAUAAAAUUUUACAACUUUUUUACUGUCAAUACGAUACCGAUAUUGCAGUAUCUAUACUAUACUAUUUGUUAUUUUAUAGUGUGGAUUGUUGUUUCUAUCAGAGAAUCAGAUAAAAUCAGAUUCUCGUUUUUUUGUCUGAUUUCCGAUAUCAAUAUCGGAUCGGGUUACCUCUAAAAAUUGUCUCAUUUUCCUUAGCACAGUUUCUGCACUGUUUUCCAUUAGAGCUAGACGAUAUAGUUUAAAAAUAAAAUCUACUACUUUUUUCGUACCAGAUACAAUUUUUUUUUUCUCUCUUUUACUUUUCUAAAAAACAAAUUACAAAUGACAGAAAAUAUUUUUAAAAAGAGGCUUUUAUGUCAGUCAUUCCUUCUGUGAAUUGUACCUGGAUUAUUGGGGCUGGUCUAUGAGAAUUGUUAUUUAAUUACGAGAAUAUAGUCAGAAUAUUAGCAGAAAAAAAGUCUUAAAAUUGCCAGAAUCUGAUCUGAGCAUCUCAGUUCAAUACAGACAAUCAUUUCGAAGUCCAGUACUGAUAAUAAUUUGAUGCUGAUGUCCACUGGUAAAACUUUACAAAGUCUUCACAAGAUGCUCAACAUUCCUCUUUGUGAUUUUUUUAUUUUUCAUGUGGGAGUUUUCAUAAAGUUACUAAUUAAUUCUCUUAAUAUUACGCCUUUGCUAAAAAUCGCAAACUGGGCCUAAUAUUUUAUUAUAGAGUUGGCCUGAAUUCAAAGUCCAAAUAAAUAGAAGCGGGAAAACAAGAUGGCGGUACAAAAAAAAAGUCCAGAUUUUUCUAAAAUGACAUAUUCAAAAACCGUCCAGCUCAAGUUUGUGUUGAUCUUUCAAAUAAAAUCCCAACAAACCGCUGAAGUUUAACUGUAAAGUGACAAAAUCGGGAUGUACUUUAAUACGGCGUCGCCCUGACAUAUCUGGAUGCAUCACUUCCCGAUGACAUCACCCCUCCGCCCCCCGUCUCUGCUAGCCCUCAUUACAUCAGAACACGCUCCGAAAGAGAUUUAUCUAAAAGGUUAAAAAAAAAAGAAAAAGAAAAAGAAUGGUGACGACUUGCUUCAAAUGCAAAUUCAGCCAACUUCCCUCUCGUCCCCGAACAGUCACGAGCGCGUUGGGUUUGAUUUAUGACGGCCCCCUUUUUCUCUUUCGCUCCAGGCUGAAGUGGAGCGCGUUUUUUAGAGAGAUGCUUCUAUUUUAAGAUUUUGCAAACUUGGUAAAAAUUAAAAAAAACAUAAUAAAGGUAAGAAAAAGUGAAAGCAGGUGAGAUGAAUUGAGGGGAUUGAGAUGGAACGGUUCUGCAGGAAAACACAACCAGGUGUCCUGCUUGGUCCUCAACAUGUGGACCUUUUGCAGUUCUUCUUAUGAUGGAUGGGAGAAAUAAAUAGCUCUAUUCUUUUUCUCUCUUUUUUUUAUUCUUGUCUCCCUUUAUUCAUCUGUAAAUACUCUCAGCUGGGAGAUCAUUUCAUCGCCUCAAGUCAGGAACAUUAUCCAUGUCCACGCAUCUACAUCCUCUUCAGCUAUGCUUGAUGAUCUGAGCAGAGGUAGAGCCGCGUGAGGCUAUGUUUAGAGAGCGGGAGAGCCGAGUUACUAUGGAAACAAGGCUUCAGGUUCAGCCAUGUCGGGAAUAUUGAAUCUGUUUUUCUCCUCGUAUAUGUGUGUGUGUGUAUGAGAGUGUUACACAAUGAGCCAGACAUCAGAAAACUCCAAUCAAUAUUAGCGGGCUCCUGCGAAAACGAGGCCGUCGCAUUCCUCUUGACAGCGCGUCUGUCAGGCGUGUCAGAGUCCUAACUCAGCACAAUCCCGCCACCGCCUGGAAAACUUUAACGUUUCCCUCUGACAGCCCCAAACUUCACGCGUCGCGUCAAAACUCCCUCGGAAAAGAGCGCGUGGGGGCGCGCGCGCGUAGGUGUGUGUGCGCGCGUUUCCCCUACGGCUGCUCCAGGUCUCCACUUAAUAAGACCGUUGUUCCUCUCCUGUCCAAACCGACAAGCUUUGUGAGUAAUGAACAUCUCCCAGGCAGCCUUCCAACAACAGCAGGUUUCAGUGUCAGUCCCUGUCAGCAGCCAAUGACUCUGAUCUGCUGUUUUAUUACAUCCAAAAGGUGUGUGUGGCAGGAAAGGGAAGUUGUGAAGAAAGUGUGGGUAAAGACAUCGGUUUGGCAGAGGAGGGGAGGCGUAUGUUUGUCAGAGGAAGCCCGUAAUGAGGCGGCGGUCCGAUGAAGUCGUCUCAUGUUCCUCCCAGAAGGUCUGCUGGGUAAAGAGCAGCGCUUCGGUUUGCGUUUGGAAAAACACCCCAGAGGAGAAGCGCUUCCCCCGCAGGUGAUCUCGGUAAUAAAGACGGACUCAAACGCCGACGGAGGGCCGCAGAGGUUUCCAUGUUUGCUCUCAAACACAUUACUCCCUCUUGUUUUUUUGUUGUUUUUAAAUCAGGAUGAGGCCAACACCCCAGCUCGCUUCUCCGAAAUCAAUAUCUUUCGUCUCCGCGUUACAGUUGCAGAGACGUCCCCGCGGGUUUCGUAGCAACAGUGCAGGCGAUAAAAGUCACAAGGCUUAAAUUAGCUGCAGAUCUGGCGGAAAUAAGCACAUAUAAUUAGAAAGUCACAGUUGGUGACAAAAAGGAAACAGGAGAAAAGUUCUUUCUAGAAAAAAGUACCAUCUUAAGAAAGUCAAGCGAAUGACAUAUGUGACUAUCAGAUAAACGAUCAUAUGGAUGUAAGAAUGGAUCAUAUGCAAUAAACUUCAAAGAUGGGAUUGUCUUGAUGCACAAAUCUGGGAAUGGGAACAGAAAGAAGAAGUUUGGGAUCAGCAAGAGUCUGAGAAAUGGUCAAAAAAGAUGCAAAUAAUGCAAAGAAAACAAGUUUAUAUUCAUUUAGAAACAACAAUAUUAAUGUUUUAACUCAUGAAGAAUUCAGAAAUCAAUAUUUGGUGGAAUAACCAGGAUGUUUUCAUUGGGGUACAGUGCAGGAUUGUUGGUAGCUAUUAUUGUGUAAAAUUAUUACACAACUUAAUAAAAAACAAAUUUUUCCAUUUCACUUUUUGUUUUUAUGGCAUCAGUUUUUAGAGUAAUUGUCUAAAACUGGCAGUAGGUUUGGGAGUUGAUUUUGAGCCAAUAUUCAACUGGAAAACCUUCAAUCAGCUCAUCGUUAAUAAUACUGAUCAUAACUAAUUGUUCAUCUGAUCCUUUAAGAGACAUUCUCAUUUCAUCCAUAAAACCUUUAAAUGCUUUGUUUCUUGUUGGCUACUUGCAACAAAAUGUUUGGCUUUAUUAGUGCUGCAUCCCUCCAAGAGACUUUUGAUCAUUUUUGACAAGUCAAAUCAACUUUUUGACCCAUUUUGAAAAAACAAGCAUUAAAGUUUAUCCAGGUUAGAGAAAGAAAAUAUGCCUAAAAAUGAUUAUCUGGUCGAAAUACUCACUUGCCUAAUAAUUGUGCACAUAGUGUGUAGUGAAGGUUUUUUUGGUCUCAUCAUGGCGUCAGAGAGAAAAAGAGAAAUGCCUUUCCCCCCUCACAGAUGCAUCAUUUCUCGAAUGUAGGUCAGAAGACCCCAGGGGCCUUCAAUGGGCUCCUGGGGUCCCCCAGCAAAUUAAGAAAUAGAUUAAUAGGGCUGCAACUUAACGCCAUAGGAAAUUCCUCAAUUACAGAUACUACAUGAGAUUUAGGAACGAUUAAUGUAAAUGUAGGUUUUCUUCUCAUACCGUCUCCUUGGAGAUGACAAAAGCUGUCUUCUUCAGGAGUUUGGGACAUGUUGUACCGCACCGCAAAUUGUCCGGAUUCCUUCAUUACUCUUUCCUGAUUUGCAAUUCAGAUAGCCGGCCGCUCUAUUUGCCCUCAUUCCAGCCGUAAUCCAUUUCAACCUUGCCUGCCCCUGUAAUCUACUUUGGCCUUUUCAGCUAAAGGAAACGCUUCCACAAACCCAAUCUAGUGUGACAGGUGUGAUGGAGAACGGCCAAUAAAAGCCGGCGCGGGGCGCCGCGUGAAGCCGCCGGCUCUCCAAUCGGCUGUUGGGCCCCGCUGUGGUUUGGUUCCUGGCUGCCACGCUCUCUGCUGCGCUCCCUCUGCGCUGUUGACCCUCCGUGCCCUUGGGCAAGGGGAAAGGGAAAAGGACACUCAGGGGAGGCCGGACCCCGCCGCUUUCUUCGGGUACAGGAUUGUCUCUGCAGAUCCUAAUUACAGCAAACAAAUGCACAUCUGUGGUGUAGCAUUCAAACAGUAUUCUGUUUUAAAAGGCUGCACCCGUAGUAAGGAUGCAUGUUGUCUGUUAAUGAGUUAAUAUGACGUCGAUUGAUUUCAUUGAUUGAUUAAUAAGCGGCCAUUUUCUUAAAAACCUGAAUUCACUCUUGUAUCAAGAGCGUUGAACCUCUUCAACGAAGGGCUAAAUGUUUCAUAAAAUGCUAAAUUAAAAAGAAAAGUACAUUAUAUUUGAGCAUUAUUUUGUGUCAGCUGUGUUAAGAUGAUUGUGAUUUCCCACAUCAUUAAACUUAGACAUAAUGAGAAAAUAUAAUCAAUUUGGUUGCUUAAUCAAAAAAUAAAAGAUGAAAAGAAUAAAUAUGUGAAAUAGAAAAGUUCACACCAAGAACUGUAACUAGCUGCAUUUCCAUUGACCAGAUAAUUAUGUAAUUUGAAAUUUAGGAAAUAAAUUUGCUUAAUGCAAACACGCUAAGAUGAGGUGUUUUUUGAAAUUGGUUAAUUUCGCCAAACUGCAAUGGAGACACUUUCUUUAGCCUUUCAUGAGUCACAUGAUCUACAACCGGAUGUGACCAUUGGCACAAACCAUGAAGAAGACGACAAUAGGAAGUAGUAGGAUGAUGGCACUGCAUGUUUUUUAAUAACUUAUUGCGUGAACAAACUUAUUCAAGUGUACUUUUAAUUAUGUUUCUUACGUAAGUGUGAAUAAACUCAACUGCUGAGGAGGAAGGCAGACUUUAUCGUCGUUUUAGGACAUUAAGAAUUAGUUUUGGUUGAAAAGUUAACGCUGUCGAGUGUUCAUAUGUCAAAGCAGAACCACAUAAAGUGCAUUUUUCAUUCCACAUGAACUGUCUGGAUCGUUUCACGUUCCUAUUGUGCUGGCAUAGCGCCGCCAUCUUUAUUUCUGUAUUUGGCUUUGCUUAAGGAUGACCUGCAGCUCCCUCUGCUGGAUGGCAACCAAACUACAACACUGAAAGAAGGUCUAAAUAGAUGUUUUUAAUCAAUUGAUUGGAGCUCAUUUUAAUUUAAUAAACCAUUUGUUAUUUGAUUAAUUGUUUGCAUCCCUAAAUGUACCAAAUAACAUGAAAGGAUCUGGGCUUAGGAAGAAACUCUUUGCGUUAGUCAACCACAGCUGAUGAGAUACUUUUGUCUUUAUUGUCAUAUUAUCUCCUGGGAUGGUGAUGAGAUGAUUAAUCAUUUUCUUGCCGCAUCCUCACGUUUAUAGCGCUCGCCCUGAGUUGGGGAAAACGGUAUUAUGGCCCAGGUAAUUGGUGGAGGGCCAUCACUCAUAAGCAAUUUAAUUAAUCUCAUUAAAACACCCUCUCUGGCUGCACAGCACCGUUUCUCGAGGACGGCCGCGACAGAAGGCGUUUUGACGAAAUGGGCUUAUCCAUCCUGAUGAGUGUCAUAUGCACAGAUGAUCUUCCAAGAGAGACUGCGGCUGGAGAAAAGUUACACAGAAAUCAAUAGCAACAAUUCCAUGAAAACCUCUGUCUGCUAUUUUCAAAUGCCACUCUUCGUGGUUGGGAGGGGACGUGCAGCGGUGAAAGGAUGCUUUCUCAUUGCUCAGCUGGAGAUGGCUUUUGUCGAGCCUAAAUUCUAUUUGUACAAGAUGGCUCCCCGGUUGCCUCCCAAGAUGCAUGGCGUGGUGUGGAUUAAGACCGAGAAACGCAAUCAAUUCACCCAGCAGGAGAUCUGGGGAAACAGAUAAGAUUCUCAGCGUAAUUCAUAAAGUCCCCAAUCUGGCAAGGAUUAAUGUACGUCUUGGCUCCUGCUCUCUCUCAUUUUGUAUGUGCGGGGGUUAAACUGGCGCUUCAUGCGACCCAUUACAAUCAGGCUUUGUUUGGAAAGCCCCCUGCCCCCAUGAGGGCAGGAUCGGACCACAUUUUUCUAGAAAAGUUAAAGCAAUUUAGGAAUGAUGUAAUCUCAUCUAUGUUUCAUUAGCAGACAGUUUAGCUUUAGAACAGGCUCGUCAAAACGAAAACAGCUACAAACUUACUGACAUCACUCAUCUAGAUACACAUUUUGUCAAGUUUUAUGAUUGAUCAAUCAAGUGGAAGGAAAAUUAUGCAGUUCUCAUGUAUCUUUUACAAAAAAAGUGACGUUUUUCUUUGUUAUCCCUAAAUAAAAUCAAGUCCUACUAGAAACCUGCGUCUAAAAAAAUUUGAGUAUCAAGAAAAAAUUACCGUAAAUAUUGUCUUAAAUAUUUUAAAAGACUAGGACAUUGUGCAAAAGUUACAUAUUAGAAACUCAUGCUAUCACAGGCUUAUGAGCUUGAAGAUGUAGAAAGUUGAGUGGAAGAAAAAAGUGUGGUGCACAGGUAACCCAAGUAUUUAGUGCAUGGAAAUGAACAUACUCUUCAGAAGUCUGACAUUUCUGUUUUAAAUAUCUAUUUUUAUUAAUCUUACGUAUGAUUCUGAUUUUCUGAGUUUUUGCCAUUCAUUGUUUGUACGCCUAAAUGAAAUAUUUCACUUUAUGCAAGGAAUCUAUAACAUAGUUUUUUUUUCUGAAAGGACUGACAAACAUUAUUAAACUUUUUCACAAUUUUAAAUUUAUUUUAGAUGUAUUUGUAAUCUUGGGCUAAAUCCUGCAGUUGUUAAAUUCUAGUCAGAUUCUUUCUAGGCUGCAGUUUGCUACAAGAAAAGUAGGGGGCGAGAAAAACACAUCAAACAGUUUAGAUUAAGCACAUUCAUGUAAAAUAUCCUAGACUUUAAUCAUUCUAAGACUUUUAAGUGUCAUUCUCCAACUAAUUAGAUUGUGCUUGAGAUUUUUUGCAAAGACUUUUUUGUUGGCGUGUCACAUAAAAUCAGAAUAAACACAUUAAUUUUAUGGGUUAAACUGCGAGAAAGUACCAGGCCAGCCUCAUCCAUAAAAAGCACCUAAAACACAGAUAAAGUAAGGAGCCGCGUUCGCUAAACAUGCAGCUUCGUCUUUGAAAUGUUAUAUGCAAUCACAUAAGUGUCCGGGGGACACUUGACAUCAGAGGAAAAAGGCCGCUGUGGGGCGACCCUAUUACCGUUUUCCUCUUUCAUGUGUGCCGUGUUCAGAUGAUUGAGGUUAAAAAUGGAAAAGCUGAACAAAAACGCCCACCAACAAAGUUCCCUUUUCAUGAGCUUUAAAAGACAUCUUUUCAUCUCUCAUUUCAUUUGGAGACCAUUGAUCAGACAUCUUUCACAGAUUGCUUCCAGACAUCUAUUCAGCCGUUCCGCUGCUGCUCAGCAUGCCUCUAUUUCAUAGGUCUUAAUGGCACAAGGUCUGACUGUUGUGCUUAGAUUAAAACCUGAAUUGCAAUCACUUAAAUCGCCCCGAUAAGCACACGGAAAAUGGUCUUUGUUGACAUUUGUGAAAAGGAAAUCAACAUCAUUGUAUCGCUCGCAGAGCGGAGGGACACAAUUUUGCGAUUUUUGGGAGGAAACGGUGCGCCUCCUCUUGCCUCAUUCAGUAAAAUUAGGACAUUUUUCUUCUUCAGCACACAAGCCAGAAAAAGGUCAUGUCAGUCUUGUGACAAGAGUGACAGGUCUGGGGUAUCAUUACUGGGACUUGGAAGGUCUUUGUAAGCACCUUUGGUCACCUCAGGAGAAUAGAUCCCCAUCGUGCUGCCGUCGGCCUAAUGAGCACAGCCAGCCCCUAGUCUAAUAAGCAGAGGGCGAUUGCUGCUGCCUUCCAUCAGCCCUCUGCUCCGCUGGUACAACAUCCCAUAAUAACUCGAACACAUGGCACGAAGCGGUGAAACAACGGCGGAUAUCUUGUCGAGCGUCAGUGCAUCCGGCUAUGGACUCAGAUUUUGGAUUUUGCAGAAUGUCGUCCUCAGCUCAGCGGAAAUCGUUGUGAAUGGAUUCUUUCAAGGUGUAUGUUGAUCCACAUUCCUGCACUCAAUAAGAUCCUUUGACAGCUUGUCUGGGCAGGCUGCAUGAAAUAAAUGAAGGCAUUCUCCACUUGGAUGAUAUCAAUAGGCAACUGCAUGGGUCCAGCUGGUGAAAAUUGUUUGGAUGAUCUGUUCAAGCUGCCCUUUUUUCACUUUCUCCAGUCAAAUAGUUUUAAUUCUUGAAAAUAAAUUCAGAGUAGUCUUUGAAUGACAUAUUUCUGUGUGAGUAUAAACUCUUUAAAACCAACUUCCAUUUGUUUCCUGACAGUAUUGCUUUGAAGCUCCAAAUGAUCCUGGAUCAAAAAAAAGAGCAACAGGUUUGCAGCAUUAAAUGCUCUUUCAUGUCGAGGUAGGAAGAAAUGUUAGCGCGCGUUAUCACAACUCACAAAACACAGGUAGUGAUCAGUGUAGGAAGUGUUAUAAGGUUGUUUUCAAUUGAUCUGGAGUCCAUUCUGCAGCCAACAAAUCUUGUCUCAAAGCAAAUUACAAAAUAAACUGGUGCAAGUCCAAUUCACCUGAAACAAUAUAAUGGCGUCAAACUCAGUUCAUCACAUGAUGCCAGUUGGUGAAUGUUUUAUUUUAAGCAAUGUCGACUAUAGUUGUUGACUUUGCAGGAAUCCUGAGUACAGUGGAGAGGAACUACUCCCUUUAAACAGAAAUGAACAAGUCAACUGGCUUUGGUUUUAAAAACCAGAGCAGACUGCAAAAACAGAAGCACAAAAUCUAGAGAUACCUUCAGUGGAAAAGGGAAACAAAUGGUACAAAAUAGUUACUGGCAGCCAGACGUUCUUUCUAGAAGAAAGAAAAUAAUAAUAAAAAAGAGUUCAAAUGGGUAAUGGUACCAAAUGUGUGCUAAAGAUUAGCUCAGGAAAGAUAAAUAGCGUUAGCUUUCAUGUAGCUGGAAGUACUUUCACAUCUAUCAUUACCUCGAUCCAGGUCAAGUUCAGAACCUCUAAGCUAGAAGCAAAGAAAGGUAAACAUUUUAAAAUGAGGAGCAGGACAGGAAAGAAAAACUGCUUAGCAUCGACCCGCUUACUGAAACUAGCCUCAGGGCAGAAUCCAUAAAUAUGUGCAAGAGUAAGCCAGGAUCAUGGGAUAAAGGCAAAGCUGCUGGGUGCUAUGUAGACUUUAGCUUAUGCAGAGCAUUUUGUGUAAGCUAACUGAAGAUUGUGUCUGUUUUGGGCUAUUUACAAAGUUGUAUCAGAGCGACACAAACCCCUUGAACAAUGUUCAGACAUCCGAUUUGGAGAUGCAAAAAUGGUCGAUAUACAGUAUGUAGUCUGGUCAAAGAAACGUGAAGCCGUCUUUCUGGUAGCUAAAGCUUGGACAGUGAUACCAAAUCUACAAAACCAGGAAUCAAGGUGUUGCAAUUAUACAGUUACCCAAAAAGUUCAAUUGAACAUAAGUAGCUGAAUAUACGACAUUUCUCCACACCAAAGUGAGAAGGCUGAGGUCAUACUCCAAUAUGGCGCUGCUAACGAUGCUCCUACAGCCUGUUGAAUCAUCUCCGCAGGGUGUCUCAUAACAGUUUACGUGUUUUUCAGUAAAUUAUUGGUGGACAGAUUUGCUCUUAGGCUUUGCAACAAUUGAACCGCCUUUAUUCGCGAUCCAAAUCUGGGAUUUGUGCCACUAGAUGAUUAACACCCUUUGGUCACGAUUCAAAAACUAAAAAGGAAAAAGAAAAUAAAUAGCUUAAGAACAAAAAAGUUUGAGGUAAGUUUUAAAAGGGCAUUUAGCGCGUGUAGCUCAUGUCUGAGGUGUUAGGUGUGAUUUGGUUGGGUGGAAGUUGGAAAGUGGUUCGGCGUUUGGGUGUUUUCUUGGUGGAAAGAGGGGGCAUUUUACAUUCCACAGUGUUUAAACUUUCACUUUGAGCCAAAGCUGUGAGUGUGAUGUAAGUCCUUCCCUCGCUGUUACCUGAGUCAGGCCUGUUUACACACCAAGAAGCUUCUUGUCCUCUUGACUGUUAAGACUACGCAAACAUAUGCAUCACGCUAUUGCCUAAAAACAGCUGAAUGAAAAGCAUGCAGUCUUUCAUCAGUCUACCACCUCACUCAACACCAUUUAUACCUGUGUCACAGUCAAAUUGUGCUGAGAAGCACUCCCACAUUUGGCUCUUUGAGUGGGUAGCAUUUGGCCGCUGAGCCGUGGACAUCUUCACACCCACCCUUCUUAUCUUUUUCUCUGGAUAUGCAGUAAUGCCAGUUACCGUGUGAGUGGGCUGGUGCGGAAAAAGGGGGAAAGUUGGCCGCAGCGGCAUUCGCCAUCGGCCCACACAGAAUUAUUCCAUGUGAUGAUAUAAAUCUUAUUUAAUGAUGUGAUAGCGGGCAGGUUCUGCCAGCCGCGAUGAAAGGAAGCGAGUUGUCCGCCGCGUGCACCUGGAGAAGCGAAGACCUUUCUGGCAGUUGGAUGUGUUCACACACCCAGGAGGUCUAUCUUUGCUAGAGAGGGUGAAAGCCAUGUCCAGACACUGCCUGUGUUUAUAUCAGCCCAACACAUCCGAUAAUUUGGCUUUUUGAACACAUGGUUGUCCUAGAUUCUUAUCUGCUGUAUUAGUGAGCAGAAUACAACUCUGGAGAAAAAAACAGGAGGUCUGGUUUUCACUGUCUGCAAGCAGCUGAUGGCAGAUGAUCCAUUUUGCCUGCUGAUAAAUUGUGAUUAGGUGAUUAGGAGUUUGGAGGAUGAAACUCCGGAGUUGGAGUUAUUUUAGCACCAGUACGGCCGUCACCCUUGGUUGAUUAAAUACUCAUCUUGUCUCGUCCCUUGUCCUAUUUUUAGCCUGGAAGCACUGAAACCUUGCAGAUUUCUUCUGUUUUUAGCUUUUUUCAUCCUCUUCCUCAGUCAGCCCUGGCCAGAUUCGUCUCCAUUAGCAUCACCAUUUUUUGGCAACACCUCAGAGGUGGUACAAGCCGGACCUGAUCGGGUAUUGCAAGCAAGUGAUUUCCUUGGCAGCAGAACUUAUUCAUUGAUUGUCCCUUUGAUUUACGUCAACAACAAAAUCUCAACCACCAUUUUCAAUCCGCUACAAGACCAUAAAAGUUAGUAAGACGAUGAGCUGCAAAUCGAUAACUCUGUGAUCAAACCUUGAGGUCCAAACCUUUUUAUGUCGAUUGCGGUGGAAAAGUGUAUAAAGUUUCAACUGGACAAGGCAACCGGCAACGAGCAAAUGUACCAAGCUAUUUUGGAGAAAGUAGACAUCCAAGGAUAUAAGAUCUUGGUGAAUAUUGAUGUAAUGCCAGAUGGAAGUAUCUGGAUAUUUAACUUAGCAAUGCUACAGCAAAUGUGUCCCAUAGUUUAAAUGCAAAAUGCAGUUUUUAAAUGAUGAUUUCAUUCAUUAAGGAGAGUUAUCCUUAUCCAAAGUGCAGCUGUACAGGCACCCCUAAAUCAUCGCUUUAUGCUUACUUUUUUUAUAGGCGCUUCCAAGUCCUACCGCUUUUAUUUAGAUAGUUACUUGCUUUUUUUUUUUCAAACGUUCCUACCUUCAGAUUCAACUUUUUGUUUGUUUAGUAUUCCAAUAAACGCCCGACACUCUUUAAUUACUUCUACUUGCAAAUGUAUCCAGUUUUGUUUUUCUUUCUUUUGUGUAUAAAUUUGAAUUUUUUUCCCCCCUCAAGUCCAUAUCUCAGGGCUUUUGUUUCAGAUGAGCUGAGUCCGGGUGAUUUCACACCAAGCGUAACUCGUGUAGGUGAUGAUGACGGCGAUGCUUUCAGUAACCACAACAAAAACAUUCGCAUAAAAUACCAGGAUAGGGUCAACUAAUUAUGCUGCAUUAGGAUGUUGCAUAGUAACUCCGCGCGAGCAGAUCUACUUCAUUAGUUGUUUGUUUUUGUGUCGUGCGUUUUCUGCGGCUGCUUUAUUGUGAAGCGAACAGAAAGCAAAGGUAAUAAGAGGACAUGAGCACAGUGGAGGAAUUAUCCUGCAGCAGGUGCAUCUUCUGGAUAUUUCUCUCAAGGCACACAUGGAGGAUUAGCUGCUUUACACCCACAGAUGCACACACACACAAGCGUGAAUCACUGCCUCUCACACAUGCACACACAACUUCACCGUUCGAGAUAUGCUGAUGGAAAAUGACGGAUGUUUCAUAAGCAAAACAAGGGUUUUUUUCAUUAUCUCAGCGCCAAUGCUGUUAGAUUUGACUCAGCGUUACCACAUUGUCAUGUAAGUGCUAUAUUCAAGCUGUAGUUACACAACUCAAUCACUCUUAUUGCAUCUUAAAACCCAAAAAUAUCAAUAAAGCACCCCUACUGCUUCAGCGUACCGCUGUUGGAGGAAGGGGAAAAAAUGCUAUGCUCUGUCAACCCAAAUCCAGCUUUGGAAAGCUUCAACUCCCACCUCUCCAAUUCAGCUUUCUCGACUCAUCCUCCUCCUCACACUCCCACUCGCACUCAUAAUCCAUAACGUUUUGUUUCGCUGCUACACCGAUGACAUCCAGCCGAAUUUCCCACAGAAAGCCGAUGAGCUAAAACGCUCCCUUUGCUCCCUUCGGUACAGGACGUUCUAGGACAAGAACCAGCGAGAACGUAGACGGUUUUUAACUGACCGUUCCUCCGAUUAAACCACAACAUACGUUCUUUCACCUAAUGUGCUUAAUGACUCCUUUUGUUUAUUCGUUGGCUUUAAUCUUCCUGGAUUUCUGCUUCUUUAUCUUCAGUUUCUAGGGAAAUAAUUGAUUGUGAGGUGACUUGGGGAUUGGGAGUGACAUUUGUGGGAAUAAUACAGUCAGGUUUUUGUGUUUUCAAGCAAAUCAUUCAAAUGUCAGCAACUUAAGAACAGAAAUUUUCAUCCUCCAGACUCUCGGACUUUGAUUUCGAAGUUAAAUUUACAAUUCUCUCACUUCUGCUUUUAUCACUGUUUUCCUUCCACUCAACAUUUUAUUUAAAUGCCUAUAUGCAGUAUUCUGUUACCAGCCAGCUUGAUUAAAAAUAACAUUUUCUAGUUCAUUGAGUACCUGCUAGGCAAGCGUCACGCCAGCAUUCUUCUGGCGUUGAGGCCACAAGAGGAUGCACUUGGAUCAGAAACUGGGGUAACAGAGGGAAUAAUUAGAGUUAAAUUGCUAAAUAAAUGCCCUGUUUUUCACCAGGAACAGCUGGCUAACAUGAAUACCAACGCUUGUGAAAAAAGGAUACCUGAGCUAAAUUAAAUAAAAUCACACUAUGAAGAUGGCAGCUAAUUUAUGCUCCUGCCAAUCGCUGAAUAUAAUUCCAACAGCAGCGUGAUUGUAACAUUACUGUACUUUUUAAUUUUAAUUGCUUACAGGGUGUUUAAAGUUCACUUUCUGAACUGAAUUACUAAUAUAAAUUACAUUUUGGAUGAUAUUUGUCUUUACUGAGAUGCAACUAUCAGUAUUUAGCUUAAUUAGCUGGUUUGUUUUGAUUUGGCUAUUAAAAUGUGGGUUGUGGCACCACCUUGUGGUGACUGGCAGGUAUAGCAACAGGGAUUGAUUUUUUUAUUUAUUUUAAAUUUUGUGGCGCUUUUAAUCUUUUUUUCACGGUAAUGUAAUAGGAAGUGGGCAGACGAAAAGUUGGGGAAGAUGUGCAGCAAUUAUCGGAAAUCGUACAGGGCGCUAACGCUACACGACAGAAACUUCAUAUUUAAAAAACAAAACAGCUCUUACUUAGAGAAUUCAAAUUUCACAAAUAAUGAAGCACACAAACUGCAGCACAGCUGCAUAGAGGAAGCUAGAAAAACAGCGCCAUAUGAUGCCAGUUGAUUGUUGCUUUAAAAAAAAGGAAAUUAAUACUUUUUAGGUUUUUUAACCUUGUGGUUGCUGUGGAACAUACCAUUAUUGUAGAUUGUGCAUCUUUUGUUGUUACUUUAAUUUUAUAAAUUUGUAAAAAUGAGUCACUUGUUUGCUAACUAAGAAACUUUUAAGUUAAUUUGAUUUCCAAAAUGAAGCUAAUCAAAGAAAUCCCUUUUACAUUUGUGUUUCAGGUGUGUAACAAAACAAACAAAUACAUGUAUAGAUUAUUCCCACUAAAAUGAUGAAUAAAUCUUUCCGCCAUGAUGACAAAAGCCACAGUCAGGUAUAAACCGAGCCAUUAGGAGCAAAAUAAUUAUUAGGGGAGGUAUUUUCCUGGUGUUGUGAUUGCAGGGUCAUUAUGCUCUCCCUAAUGAAACAAACCUGCGGAGAGCCUCCAUCUCGACUAUAGCCGUUAUCAUCACCCUUCAGAGAAUGUAAAAAGGAAAACACUUCAGCAGCAGGCUAAUUAAAACCAGAGAGGUCUGGAUGAGGAGGCCAAACAGCCCACACAGGUGGCGCGCACAUCAAUGUGUGUGUGUAAGGCACUGCCCUGCAUCAUGUUUAUGCAUGGUCCGCGUGAGAGUGGGUGUGUGUGAGGAAGCAAUUCAUGCUUUUUCUUCUGUUAUUAUUACGAGUGGGUGUGUGUGUGAAGGAGGAUGCGGAGUUCUCCGUUCGUUUUAAUGGCGGCUGCCGUCUUCCUCGUCUCCUCGCGCCUCCACCGCUGUCGGGAAGGACCCGGCUUUCAUCUGACAGGACCCCGCUCAAAUAGGCCAUUGGUGCUCCAUAAUUAGUUCAAAUGUCGAAGUUGGUGAAUAAUUGAUGAUCGGGGACGAGCAGGGAGGAAGACAUUUCACAUCAACAGUUUUUUUUUCUCUUUUUUAAAGGACAGCUGGUGCUGUGCGGUUCCCACCGCAGACAUGAAUCUCUGGUGUUGAGGCCACAAGAGGAUGCACUCGGAGCAGAAACUGGGGUAGUAAAGGGAAUGAUUACAGAGUUAAACUGCAAAAUAAAUGUCUUGUUUUCACCGGGAACAGGCGGCCGAAGGGAAUACAGACGCUUGUGAAAAACAGAUACCUGAGCAAAAAUAAAGCCAACCACACCAAGAAGACAGAGGCUAAUUUAUGCUGCUGCCAAUCACUGAAUAUAAUUGCAAUAGCAUGGUAUAAUAGCAGCUCAGGACUAGUCAUUUUCCCCCUCCGGCUCUAUCUCAGGUGCUUGGAGAGGUUUCCAUCAGCUCCUGAUUUUUCAAGAGAGACCUCUCAGACAUAAAUGACAAUGGACUUUCAAUGGCUUAUAAUUAUGCCACUUUCCUGCGCAAUUUCCUGCCCGUCAUUUGCAUUAAGACUCAUGCGGGUGAAAGUGAGCCACACGCUGCUCUGCUAAAGGCCCUCGGAUCGACCCCAUGCUUCAAAUUACCAGGUGCUCUAACACUUCUUGGAACAUCUCUGCUCCCCCCGCCGCCGCUGUCCUAAAGUUAUCCGACUGUUAAUUGGAUGGAUAACGUCCAGAGUGUGUGACUGCGUGAGGAUCGCAGAGAGGCGUGCGCCUCGGAUUUGUGCCACGGAAACCAGCGUUCGCCGUUUCCUCUCUCCAAGGUUAUUCAACAUUGCGUCUUGUGUUCUCAAAAAACUAAAAUCCUUUUAAAAAAUAAAUAAAAAAUUAUGCUGAAUGUCUUGGUGAUCUGUGUUGGAUCAAGGGCCAAAUGUAAUACUGCCAUCUAGUGGACGUGACAGGAAAAAGACUGCUUAACAGUUGGGGAUAAAUGUGAAAUGGGAAGAAAAUAAUUUGAUUUCAUGUUUAGAAAUACAAAUCUGAAUUGUC